GUCUCGGAACCCGAGCCCGUGUGUGCCUCUGUGUUAGUCGCGCUUCCUCUCCUGCACGCGGAGUCGCAAUGGUGUCGUAGUAGCCCAUCGCUCCGCCAGUCCUCGAAGAAACCGGCGUUUUCGCGACUUCGCUUCCCGAAGUGCGACCCCGUCGGAGCUCCGGAGACGAGAGAGAACCGAGACCCGCGGUCCUGUUCCUUCCAUUGGCAUCGUCGUCACCGACGUCGCAAGCAGAAACGGUUCCACGAUGAGCGGCCGCGUAGGAGACCUCACCGAGCAGCAGAUGACAGCGCUCGACGAACUUCGAGCAAACGUCGACGACAUCCUGAGGCCGAGUCACGACGACUACUUCCUGCUGCGGUGGCUAAGAGCUCGGAACUUCAAUGUCGCCCAAGCUGAAGCCAUGUUGCGAGAGAACCUGCAAUGGCGCAAACAGAACAACGUGGACGCAAUACUGGACGACUACGAACCUACAGAGGUUCUAAAAAAAUACUAUCCUGGAGGCCUCGUGGGUCACGAUAAAGAAGGAUGCCCACUCUGGAUCAUUCCAUUCGGCUACACAGACAUCAAAGGCCUCUUCUAUUCUGUCAAGAAAUCUGACUUUAUCAGGCACAUCAUCCAGCAGCUUGAGUACAGCGCUCAGGAUAUGGCUGCGCAGACAGAAAAGUCGUCCUCCGCCCGCAACCAGGUGAAGCGUCAGACUACCCCGGCGUCUCAGGCAUCCCCGCCGCCCUACAAGAAGGCACUACUAAACAAGCUGGCAACUUCAGCAGCUACCCCGGACCGUCAGCAGGCCAGGCCCCGGAGAACACCAAUGCCAAGGCGGCACCUCGGGACGCCCAAGAUCUACCCUAUCAUAUACAACAUGGUGAAGCCAUUCCUCAGCGAAGAGACAGCGAAGAAGAUACACGUCUUCGGCAAAGACAAGUGGAAAGAGGCCCUUCUUCAGGACAUCGCUCCCGAAGAGCUGCCUGUGCACUGGGGCGGAACCAUGACGGGACCUGACGGAGACCCGAGGUGUACGCACAUCGUGGGAGCGGGCGGCCCGGUGCCGUGCUCUUGCUACACGGCCCCUUCGAGGCGCCUCUCCUCGGACCAGAACCUAAAGAUGUGCGUGAUCGAGAAGAAGUCCGCCGUGCCUCUCACGGUCGAGGUGACCGAGGCCGGCUCCAUCCUGCGUUGGGAGUUCCAGACCGAGAACUACGACAUCGGCUUCGGCGUCUUCUUCGUGCCGGACUCGAACGGCACCGUGAACGGCGAUGGUGGUGGCGGUAGCGGCGACAUGCAGGAGCUGGUCGCCAUGCAGCGGGUCAACUGCCACCUAGUGCCCGAAGACGGAAUGCUCGUCUGCAACGCGCCCGGAAAAUAUGUGCUGAAGUUCGACAACAGCUUCAGCUGGUACCGGAGCAAGAAGCUUCUCUACCACUACCAGGUGCUCCCGCCAACGCCAGCGUAAUCGACGGCGGCUUCAGCGGCUAUCUUCCAACGGCGUUACACGAUUCUUCUUUCACUUCGUUCUUUCUCUUGUUCGUGGGUUUUCGUGCUUGCGUCGGCUGACACCGGAAACCGAUGUUCCGUAACUCCAUCCAGCAGUAGCAAUGAGGCAACAGAAGGCGAAGAAGGCAGGCUGUGAAUAUGAGCUUUAACAAUUUGUAUAAGUUUUAGGUACGCGUAUAGAACGCGGCUAGAACGCUUACAGUCGUCGUCUUAACAGCACGAGAAUAAAAAGUAGCGUUUAAACCUACGGAGCUUCUAGAGGGUGCGGUUGCACAAAAUUUUAACCAGUGUAGUUAGCGUUUCGCGCAUACAACGACGCAACUCAGAGGAAGUCAAUUGGGAAGAGGAGAACGUAGACUAUAACAGGGUCUUUCCGGUUAGAUCUAGACGUUCAGUUUACUGUCUAGCGUUUUCUUGCAGCGACACGUUCCUUUUAGCGUCAAAUUUCACAUGCGCGACAAGCGUGUUUCAAGCCUAAUUUUGUAAGCAGCUUACCAGUUCCCGUCACGCAGCACACCUCUACAACUGCAACAACUGCAACGAUCCGGGCGAGUGGCGUAGCAGCGCGAGAUACCCUUAUCACUGCUGCAGUAUGACUGGAGUUAUUCAUCUUCCAAACGUUCAGGCAUCACAGUUCUUGAGGGCUCGUUGCAUACACAAGAGCCAUAUACAUGCCAUAUUUUGACAUUUGGAAUGACAUUUGAGUUUGAGUGACGGUGCGCAGGAUAACCCACUUCAUUUGUUUUUGACAGAACGUGAACGCUAAUUUCUCAGUAUCCACCAAAGGUGAAUUUCAGCGGUCGACUUGGAGCAGUUUUACAAUGCUUUGUUGGACAAUUAUCAUGCUUGUUUGAUCGUUUAGUCGCACGACCUGAUGUUUUGACGUUCUGGUAAUAGAUACCAAUAGCGUUCGUCCAAUCUACCGACAAAACAUACGAUGCUGAGCCUCUAAUUAUACAAACAGGCGCUAAUCUUCAUGCGUUAAAGCAAAGUUGCUCUUAAUCGACCGCCAGAAUAUUCCGUAACGUUUCGUCUGUGUUAUCACUACCCACCUUUAGAACUCUCUUGGCGUGACGUAUGCGUUCUGAACAACAUGUCUCCCUACGCAAACCCUGGGUGGUCGUACUGUUGCAACAAGUUAGUGCUACUGCAAGAGUACCAUUCCAAGUCGAUAAAACCCACGCGCGAGCAGUCUGAUGUUCCAUUUCCGACUCGUGAUCCAUAGAUGUUAUAAUGUUGUUGUGUUACUGUUGCUGUUCAUUGUAAACGUAUACCUACUGCUUCUCUAUAGAAAACUCCAUCCUUCAUGAACGACUGCCACCUGUUUGCAUGGGCUGCAAUCGUGUGGCUUCUUGUUGAAACCAGCAUAUGUUGCGCGACAGCGCGAUGACCUCACAGAAUGGUUUUGCACGUGACAAACGUGAGGAAUGCAAGGGACGAAAAUACUGUCACGAAGGUAACUGUAUUUCUGAAUCACUGUGUCUAUAUAUAGAGAGAAAGAAGCGAUGCGUGAUUCACGGUCUCUAAGGUGUCACUGCUGGGCACCAGGUGGCCAGUUUGUGUUUCCCGAAUGUGGUGGGCCCAGCAUGGGUUGGGAAGUGAGAGCAGUAACUGGGGUGUUUUUUUUUUUUAUUUUUUUACGAGGAGUUUAGAAGAAAAAAACACGUCAUUAAAAUGCAUUCGUUGCAUGUUCUCCAAUAAGACGAGCCUCAGAGACAGAGUCUGUUAAGUUCAAUUCUAAGCUGUGUUUGCCCAGCCCUAUGUAAGUGUGUUCGCUUCCGGAAACGUAUUACAGAGACAAGCAAACAAUCAUUUAGAGGUCCAGAGAUGGAAUAGAAUGAAAAUGAGGAAUUCCCACGCAUAUCAACAAGGAGGCGAAUACAUAUGCCACCAGCUCGAACUUACGCAUUGUGGAGGAUUUGAUGCAAGCAGGAUUGAAAAAAUGAAAAUUUUGAUAACUUUUCAAAAAAAAAUAACUUGUUAAGUGGGCGUCGUAUUGCGCACAACAACUAGCAUUUACACUAAUUGUAGAGACCGGAUCGUACCAUCAAAUACUAUCAAGAAAUACAGCUCACGUGCUCAUGGCAUGUUUCGGUUCUAGUGCAGGCUAUAGGAGGGCGUUUGAUGCACUAAAUUUGUGACAUAGUAGAACAAAAUGAAGUGUCGUUGUUAGCCUAAUGAAACGAUUCCCUUGCAUUCGAGGUGGUUCUCAUAAAAACGUCAGUGAACCAUUCCAGUGCUUGGCCCGCGCCAGAACAAUCCGAUGAGUUAAUGGACAGACAGGCAUAGAAGCAGCACGCCAACGCACGUUGGGUCGAAGACAAGUUCUUAUUUAUUGGCAGGAGAAAGGUUGGAAUUUCGAUAAUAUGAAAAGUUUAAAGACACUGAAAGGAAUACUACACUUAAACAGUUUGACCUAGUAAACAUAUCACGUUGAAGCCGUCAAGGCUGUUCAUAUGCAGUGGUUGAUGUUUCGUUAUAAUAUCGUUCAUAUUCAUUUACGUUUGAGAGUUGAGAGAGUUGAGAGUUUUGGCAUAUUGUGCCGCUAGAACAUUCACUUCAACACAACUGCAUCGAAGCACAGUUUAUAACAAUAGAGAUUGCGUUUAUCACUGGAGCUCUUGUGGUUAAACGUAUAGCAGGCUGACGGCGUGGAAAUUCGGAGGUGAUGCAGAUUUGCUCGUCACCUAUACGGCCAUCGGUCAACGAAAAGCUGUUUCACACGGCAGUUUCGAAAACUCUUCUUUAUUUUCUUACGAAACAAGAAGCAGUUCCUCAUUAUAAUCCAUUAGUCAAUCAAUCAGUAGAUCAAUAAAUAAAUUAAUGAAGAAGCAGUUCCUCUCUUUACUACAGUGAUUACGUUCUCACUUCAUGCACAACGCCAAACACCGAAACUCAUAUGUUCAAAGCAGAAGCAUACCACGUGAUGCACACACUACGGAUGAAAUAAAGGCCGUUACUUCGGUCAGUAGACCGGAACGGUUUCCCUCUUUACUACAGUGAUUACGUUCUCACUUCAUGCACAACGCCAAACACCGAAACUGAUAUGUUCAAAUCAGAAGCGUACCACGUGAUGGACACACUACGGAUGAAAUAAAGGCCGUUACUUCGGUCAGUAGACAGGAACGGUUUCUCAUUCUUAACUGCCUUCGACUUUCUCAAUCUGUAUCUUAAGGCUUAUGACGACUUCAUUGUAGCAGGAUAACUUGCAGCAAGUAUAAUAACAGAAGAAUCCGGGAAGAGGAAGCUCUUGGCCUGUCCAUUCAUCGCGUAGUUGUCGCUAAGCUCUGAGAAAAAAAUAAUCGCUUGUCGUCACCCGAUACAAAGCACAGAUGACAUUAAAGCACAGGCGAAAGUGCGCUGCUCUGCCGAGGUCCUUAUCUGUAGAUCGAAUAAUCGCGCGCAAGUCGCGCUGUAUUAUCAUAAGAGGCAUGAUCCCAUCGGCGAUAUUGUAACGAUGCGAAUAUUCUGCGUGUUUCAACGCGGUCAGAUAGCAUCUCAUAUUUCUUUGCGUUCUUUUCUUUUCUUUUUAUUCUCGCAGAUUUGAAGGUUGCCCUUCGGACUUGCGCUCCCCACGGGCUAGGGUGUCCGCCUUUGAAUACGAUCAGAACGUAAUUGUCCUAAAGCGAUCGCCACGUGUUGAUGAAAUCAGUGGCUCACACAAGCAAGCGCGUGCGGCCUUUGCAUGCUUAAUUCCUGGCAGUAAAUACUCAAACUACUCGUGCUUGUGUCCGCAUGAGUCCGUGCGGGCAGGCAUGUAUUAAUGCAUGCAUGCGUAGUGUACCGAGUGUACAGCAGGGCGUUCGCUACACCUUGGUUUGGCCACCUUGGCUUUCUGCCAUUGAGUCGUCCAAUUUCUUUCUGCAACCGUCUGCUUCCUUCAAAGGUCCCGGUUUCAAAACGUCCGUGUAUUCUUCGCUGAAGCAACGUCACGCGUGAUCAUUCUAUAACGUGUACUUAUUCUUUACGAAGUCUUAUAUCAGAGUUUGUUCCUUUGUCGAUUUCGCAAGGAUGGUGGCAGAGGCUCGGAUAAUUUCCCAACCGCCCGCCACUAUAGUGUUUAUACCGCCCUAAAUGCGAUGGAAUACACGUUCAUCUCCAAUUUUCGGCGUUUCCUUCUUUCUUUCUUUGUAAUUUGUCGUUGCUCUGUACAUUCCUUAGGCUCGGCGUAUGGAUUUAACAAAAGAUGACCAUUUUUUCUAUUUAUUCUUUUGAACAGUUUUUUUUUGUAAUUCGAAUAAACAACAUUUAUUUUAUCUUGAAAGAUCAAUUUUCAUUCCAUGCCUUUCUAUUGCCUACUUUUGUGGCGAGUUAAUGUAGAAGCUUCUCACGGCUAUCACUUCACCGUAACCUUGAAACUGUAACUGGUGUACUUCAAGAAAAAGUGUGCAUCUGUCUGAAAAUUAUCAGGAUGGUGGUACGUGGAUCUAUACGUAAUGCAUUACAGUGUAUUUGGUUUAGGAACAGUGGCGUUGCAAUGAUAUUUGGCGUCACAUUUUUCUUCUGAACGUUAUGAAUGUGCAACGCCGCGCGGAGCGACAAUAUUUAUUGUGUUAGAGUAUGUUUGUCAAUGUAAUUCAAAUGCCAAGGGAAUCAUGUAAGACUAUAGAAGUACUGGGUCAGUACUGGACUUUACCUGAUGGCUGCACUGAACGAGAACGCCGCAUAUAUAGCGGUCUCGUCAGUCUACAUUUGAAGAAGGCAAAAAAAAAACUACGCCUAGUAAAAUGAAGAUAAUGUGAGACCCCUGAGUAACAGACGUCGUGUGUUGUGUCCGAACAUUGGAAUCAGUUCUAAGCCCGCAGUAAUAUCUUAUGCACGAUAAGAAUUAAUAAAGUGCGACUGUGCGAAUUUGCCCAAUACGAAAAGAUUAUUUUGUUCUUUCUUUAGUUCCGCGUGAAAAUCAACGUACCGAGAUCGGAUUAACAACACGCUAAGGCGUUUUCCCAAAGUGGGCGUGUUGUAAUAUGUGGAAAGGCAAUUCUGUCGCUUUGGAUGAGAGUGACGUUUCGUGGCUGCACUUUUUUCAACGUAAUGAAUGUGAUGCAAGCCUUGUUGUAAAGGUUUAAAGGCCGCUUCACCUGACCGCGGCUGUUUCAGUGCUCUGUCAUGGGACUUGCGAUUAGCAUUGUCGUUACCCUGACGGUGUGAAAAGUGUAGAGAGUUCUUGCUUUCUGGUCAAUGGGAGCACUAUGUGUUUUACGGAAACCCCACUGCAUGGCUCAUCAACAGUUUCGGUCAGUUUUGGAGUGACUUUUAAGGUUUUGACAGGCCGACUGUCUGGGCACUAUACGUUAGCGCAGUCUCAUCAACGUGUGCUGACCAGGCAUUUUUCCUUAACUCCCACCCCUUCCUUUCGCCUCGUAGUACUAUGCUCUCUGUACGUUUGCUGCUUGGUGUUUCGCCGAGAUAUUUGCUUUUAAAUGUUAUGUAAAUGUUUCGUCUGGUGUUUGAGAACUGCGAGAUGUUUCUUCUCAGUUCUUCAGGUUGUUUUCCUUGAUGUGAAAGAAAUGAUAAUGUGCAGUUCAAUUAUGUCACAUCUAUUUCUUCGUGACAUUGACUCCAGUGAUGCUUCGACUACGUCGGUUCCUGUAAUGUGAUAUAACCGCUUAUGCAUGUAGAUGUAGCCACAACAGAAAGAAGAUCGGUGAGCAUGUUUAGCCGAGCGUGCGUUGGCCAGGAACCGGCAUUAUACUGCUAUUAAACGUUUAGCAUCUGCAGCCCACUGGGUAUAUUCCUACACUAAGCCUUAAAACCGGCUGUCGGUUUGAAGUGAUGGACGAGACACUCAGGGCCAUGGGCAGCGUAGAUGGUAAUGUAAUCUACACUAGUUCACCUUGAAUUAGAAUUAAGGUAAAAGGACGGAAAACAAAAGUAAUCUGUACAAACUGACAUCAUUCAAAACUAGCUACCCGAAGGCAAAUGUGUCAUAAGUACGCCAUUUGGGUAAGAUAGUGUCAACGUCAACUCUCCUUAAUCUACUCACAUAUCGAAGGCUGCUGCCUAACUAAGAAAGCAAACAGGAAAAUUGCCGCAUAUGUUAAUUUUUAUUACCCAAGUCACUCACGGGGAUUAACUGAUGAGCUCGCGUAGGCGAGUCGAUAAGGUCCCGCUUUCGAAGCAAUAGCUUCAGUUUGAACAUUAUAAUAAUUGAGAAAGCAGAGAAUACUCGAUAGUUGUCCGAAGCCGGAAGAAUGUCUUGUCUUGGCAAGCGAGUUUGCUUUAGCACUUCGUAGAGUGUCCAUGUGUGCGACGAACCAAAAGCAUACGCGGAUUUCCUUCUCGGCGCACUGCAGGUGACUGUGUUGGGCGCACUCUCGACUAUUCACGCCACGAAUUCGACGGGAUCUCGCGAGCAAGUUCUGAAGCCUUGUUAUAGAUUGGCUGACAUGUGAUACAUACCGGCGCUGAAUAACCUGGCGCCGUAGUUGCAAUACUUCGGGGUUCUUGGAUCACGAAGGAAACAGAAAGAGGUGCAAGCGAAUGCGCGUAGAUUUUUUGUAGCUCUAGCAUGUAGGUUCAUCGUGGACUGGCAAGGCCUGUGCGUUCGGCGGAGGUCGUGUAACACGUUACGUGACAACGUCGAAAAGCUGUGCAGUGUGAGCGGCGGAAUGCUUGUGCGUCAUCCCGUCGACAGCGGUACAGAUGUAUAACGAACGCACUGCUGUAUUUUUGAGUCGUUAUGCGAACACCGUGCUUAUGAAAAUAAAAUGAGUGUGUUGGUAA